AUGAUUGAUUCUUCGAUCGAAUUACCGGAUCUUUGUUGGUUUAAUAUUUGUCGAUGUUUAUCAAUAGCCGAAAUAGCUCAAUUAUCAUCAACAUGUCAAACUUUGCGUCAUAUGUUGUGGUCACAUGAAUCAUCAUUAUGGUUUUAUUUAAUCCAUUUGAAAUGUAAAUCAACUGUUCUUUGUCAAUCAAUACGAGUUUUAAUUGACCAAGAUGAAAAUGAAGAUGAAGAUGUAAUUAUUGCUGAGAAUAACCGAUUUUCUCAAAGACUUUUAUUAGAUAUGAAAACUUACGAAGUUUUCUAUGAAAAGUUCCUCAAGCCGAGACAGUUUCGUUCUUGGUAUAGUUAUUUUACUACAGCAGAAAAUGAGAUCCGUGGUUUUUUUGCGUACAGACGAUUUAUGUUUCCAAAUCCUAUUCGACUGUUGGAUUGUGUUCCAAUGUUAGAUUGUCCAGUUUUAUUAUCAUCGAAAUUAUUUCGUUUAUACUUUUAUCGAUUAAACAAUAAAAGUAUUUUAGCACCAAUUGGUGCACUUAUCUAUUGUUAUCUAAUUAAUCAUUGUCGCUGUUUAUCUGUUGAUGAUAUGGUUUAUGAAGAACGUACAAGACCGAUACAUGUACGAAGACCAGUGAAGAUUGACAAUGAUGGUGGAAUUUCUAUUGCAGGAUCUUAUGAGUCAUCGAUUUCGCUUCGUACGACAUAUUUCUAUUUCAAUCAAAUACCUUUAUGGGCCGAUUUGCUUCCAGGUCGUUAUAAUUUAACAUGUCAAAUGCGAUUACGACGUCAGUUUGUCGAUCAAACUCCUAACGACAAUUAUUUACUAAGUGGACCUCCUAUCGAUAUUUGUUUAUUAGGCGAUCGAGCAGAUCGUGGGGGCCGAUUGAAAAUGCUUCGAUAUAAUUGGUUGACAGAACAACACCAGAUCCAUGGUGAUGAUCGAUGGUUUAAUGUUACUCUUAUAGAAAACUUUCUUCUCAAUGAUAUUUCCAAUGUUUAUUUUGGUAUUCGUGUUAAAAAUAAUUGUUUAAUUUUCUUCAAUAUUUGGAUCAACGAUAUUCAAUUGAAUUUAAUUGCAAUUAAUUAA